UCCUCCCCCACAAGAAAGUAGAGCCAUAGGCGUCGCUGUUGGUGGUAUUUAAACCCUCCGGCCGAGAGCCUAGGGUUUCAGAGCUCCCAAGGCUCCUGGCUAAAUCCUACUCUCCCGUCUCCCUUCCCUUUGAUUCUUUUCUCCUCCUCCUCCUCCGUCUCGUUUUCCUCUUCCAAUCGGUGCCAUUUUCUCGCCUGAAUUCGUCGAAUUCGGAGGUGUUUGCGCAGUUCUUGAAUCAGUUGAUAUGGUUUCCGGGGGACUGGGCAGUGGAGAUUUAGACGCUUGGUUUCAGAACCUUAUUGUGUCUGGUGGCGGGAAAAAGUCAGGGGGAGUGGCAGCUGCUAUGGCCGGUUGGAAGGACAUUCCCAUGGAGCUAUUGCUGAGGAUCAUUUCGCUUGUGGAUGAUCGGAUGGUGAUUGUGGCUUCUGGUGUUUGUACUGGUUGGAGAGAUGCUUUGUGCUUGGGGCUUACGAAUCUCUCUCUGUCAUGGUGCAAAAACAACAUGAAUAACCUGGUGCAGUCACUAGCCCCCAAGUUCACAAAGCUGCAAGUUCUUUCUCUGCGACAGGAUAGACCACAACUUGAGGACAUUGCUGUAGAGACUGUUGCUAAUUACUGCCAUGACUUGCGGGAUUUAGACCUUAGUAAAAGCUUUAAACUGACUGACCACUCCUUGUACUCUUUAGCCAAUGGAUGUCCACGCCUUACAAAACUCAAUAUCAGUGGGUGCUCAGCUUUCAGUGAUUCUGCCCUUGCAUAUCUGACUAGUUACUGUAGGAACUUGAAACACUUAAAUCUUUGCGGAUGUGUGAGAGCUGCAACUGAUAGAGCUUUACAGGCUAUUGCAUAUAAUUGCAGUCAAUUGGAAACUCUGAAUCUUGGUUGGUGUGAGGGUGUCAGUGAUAAUGGAGUAACCAGUUUGGCAUCAGGAUGCCCUGAUCUCAGGGCCUUGGACUUAUGUGGCUGUGUCCUUAUAACAGAUGAAAGUGUAAUCGCAUUGGCAAAUGGUUGCCCUCGUCUAAGAUCCCUGGGCCUUUAUUUCUGCCAGAACAUCACUGAUAGGGCAAUGUAUUCACUAGCGAAUAGUCUUGUGAAGAGCAAGCAUGGGCUGUGGGGUCUUUUGCCGAACAGCAGCGAUGACAAGGAAGGGCUUAUGAAUCUGAACAUAAGUCAGUGUACGGCCUUGACGCCUCCUGCGGUUCAGGCUGUUUGCGACUCAUUCCCUGCGCUUCAUACCUGCCCUGGAAGGCAUUCCCUGAUCAUCAGUGGGUGCCUCAACCUCACAUCUGUGCACUGUGUUUGUGCCGACCAAGCUCACCGGGCAGCUAGGUUGGCUUUAUCUCCCCAUGCCUACUGAGCAUCGUAACAAUGUGCAACUCGAAAUGGCUUGGAACAAAGCUUGGAGGUUUGAUCUUGAAAAUACAUAUAUGUCAAUAUUAUGUAGCAAACUGUUCUUGAGGAGAGAUUUCAGAAUUCUAGACUCAAGGAACUGCAAUGGAUCUGAAUUGAUUUGCAUAUCCCAUGCUAUCUCUGCAGCUUCCUUUAUCAAGUGUGUAUCAUUACUUGAAUGUAAUAUAGAGCAAAUUUGCUUCAUUACUCGAUGGAACAAUGCCAAAGAGACGCCGGAUGUGCCUGAUCAACCAUCCAUGGAGGUAUUGUGU